AUGAAUGCUAUUUGUGAAAAUAGUCUUUAUAACAAAUGCUCGUGCAAAAAUAAAUAUCAUUUACCAUUACCAUUACCAUUGUAUGAUGGGCAUUGUCAUAUCGAUCUUUUUUUUCGUUAUGAAUUUAAUAAAAAUGACUUCGAUACUCAAUUUGCCAAUGGAAGAAAAAUGAUAUUCAUUGACAAUAAACAUCAAUAUUAUCGUUGGUUCACGGAUUAUCACCUGGACAAUCCAAAUGUUAAAAUAUUCACCACUUAUGGAAUUCAUCCCAAAUAUUUACCAUCAGAUAUAUCAUAUGUAGUUAAAGAAUUAAAAAACAUUUUCAUGAAUAAAUAUAGUAAUAUUAUUACGGAAAAAGUUGCAAUUGGUGAAUGUGGACUUGAUUCAACAAGUAGUUUCUCAUUCGAAUUACAAUUGACUUUGUUUAAAAUGCAAUUAAAAUUAGCAGCACAACUUAGUUUACCUGUAGUUUUACAUGGUCGUGGUAUAGCGUCAUUUAAUUUAAUGUUCAAUGAAUUAAAAUUACAUUUAAAUCCAACUCAUAGAAUUCACUGGCAUUGUAUUAAUCAAAAAAGUGAUCUUAAUGUAAUUACAGUUUUUCUUAAUUACUUCAAAAAUUCUUAUAUCGGUUUAAAUUGUUCUAUUUUCUCUCAUGAUGAUCUUGAAUCUCAAACUUUAUUUCAUAAAUGGCUUGUAUCAAUAGAAAAUAUUAUUUAUAAAAUUAUUCUUGAAACAGAUUUUCCCUUUUUGAAACCAUCUAUACUAGAAUCUAAACAAUACAAUCCUAUUAGUGGUAUAACAUACACAGCACAACACCUUGUCAACAUUUUACGAAAAAAAAAUUUGAACACAACCAAAAUCAUUGAUCAAUCCAAUAAAAACAUAAAACAAAUGUACGGCAUCGAUUGA